AUGGAUCCAGGAUAUCCGAGCCACACAACGGAUGACCACAGAGUUCAACUACUGCGUGGAAGCUGUCCCAUGUUCUGGUUCAGCUUCAAUGGCCGCUGCUACAAAUAUGUGGCCACACACAUGAGCUGGGCUGAUGCAGAGCUCUACUGUGUGUCACAGCGAGCCAACCUGGUGUCCAUCUACAGCCAGGAGGAAGAGGAGUUUGUUAAAUCUUUGAUUAAGAACUUUGACCAUGCUGAGCAAUGGACCUGGAUUGGACUGAGUGACCUCCACAAAGAAGGCAGAUGGAUGUGGUCUGAUGGUUGUGCAGUGAGUUUCGUCUACUGGCAUGCAGGACAACCAGACAAUGCAGGAACAAAUGAACACUGUGUUCACACUAACUAUUCAAACUUAAAGAAGUGGAAUGAUUACCAGUGUUCUCUCAAUUUAGCUUCUGCUGUGGUGUUCAUGGUCAAUGUUAGGAUCUCCAACAUGAUCUUGCUCCUCUUCCUGCUCGGUCUGGCUCUGGGUGCUCCUUCUGAGUCUCCUUCUGAUGACAAUGAAGUAAAGCUCCAACUUGAUGACCGGGCAGUGAAGCUCCUGAGAGGAAACUGUCCCCCGUUCUGGUGGAGCUUCAACGGCCGCUGCUAUACGUAUGUAGCUACACCGAUGAGCUGGUCUGAUGCAGAGUUCCACUGUUUGUCACAGGGAGCCAACCUGGUGUCUAUCCACAACAUGGAGGAAGAGAACUUUGUCAGAUCCCUGAUCAGGAACUUUGAUCCUGCUCAGAGAGACACUUGGAUUGGACUCAGUGAUGCUCACAGAGAGGGCAGAUGGAUGUGGUCUGAUGGCUCUGUGGUAGGUUUUGUUAACUGGAAAACAGGCGAGCCAAACAAUGAUGGAGAAGAGGACUGUGUUACAAACAACUAUCAUACAGUUAAGAAGUGGAAUGACAACAAAUGCUCUGAUAGCUUUGCCUCUGUUUGUGUAAAACGCAAAGUCUGUGAUUAGAAAUUAGGAUACUAAUUCAGCAAUGACAUGCUAUGGUGACAUGCAUGGGGCAUCACGAUACAGAAUCAAUGUAAACCUUUAUGUCUGUAUAUAAACAGCAAUUCACUGAACUUUAACACGAAUGCUUAAUCAAUCAUACUGAAUAUUUACACACCUCUUAAUGAGCUCAAAAACCAAGUGAUAAUUUCUAAUAAGAAU